UACUUAUUCUUUUCAAAUCACAACUCCUAACAGAUCAUCAAACAUGACGAUCGUGAAUUCCAUCCCGAAUGAUCUGAUUCUCGACAUAUUCUCCAGGAUGUCUAUCAAUACAAUCGCUAGGUGUCGUUGUGUGUCGAAGCAAUGGUGGUACAUGCUUCACCAUCAAGAUUUCACCGAGUUGUUUCUAACAAGGUCAUCGGCUCGUCCACGUCUCUUAUUCUUCAUGAGAAGACUUUAUGAAGAUGAUCUGGUCUUCUUCUGGUUGCCACAGCCUCAACAUCCAUACGAGAAGGUGUCGUCUCCAGAAUUUCAUAUGAAGUUAGACAUGGAUCUAGAUCGGUUUGGUGGGCAUGCCUCUGGUUUGUUCUCUUUCUCCCGUACACCGUCAAUGUUCUCAGAAGAGAAUGAGGAUACGGUGCAUGUGAAUAUGUCCGAGGAAUUCAAACUUAUUGACAACGCAGAGUCCUUUCUAUGUUAUCCAUUUACUACAUUAGUAAACUACAAGGGUAAAUUAGGUGUUAUUAACUGGAUUUAUAAUGACAUAACCUUUGAGUUGUUUGUUCUAGAGAAUGUCGAGAAACAAGAAUUCUCCAAAUAUGUCUACACUCUGCCGAAGAAUAAAAUCGGUGGUUGGGACUAUAUUUCCAUAGUUGGAGUGACUGUUUCAGGUGAAUUUGUUUUCUCGUCGGAUCACACUUCUGGAUUCAUGGUUCCAUUUUAUGUUUUGUACUUCAAUCCCCAUACAAACACUCUCCAAAUUAUUGAAAUCCGAGGACGUGGAGAAUACUCUGAAGAAGGAAUUGUCCCUUAUUAUGAUAAAGUUCUCGGCUUUGUAGACUAUAUGGAUCUUAGGUUUGAUCUAGAGUAUGCUGCAACAUCAUCUAAGAGCACCCACAAUGGAGGAUGA